AUGUCCACCUUCAUUGUACGUCCGGCCGGUGCGGACAAGGAUCCUUUUAGAAUCGGGUUGACCGCCGUAUCUAUGCUUUCGUUGAAGCUGAAGUCUGGAGACAUCUGUGAACUUCGAGGCACCGAUGGCAACAACGCCAAAAGAAAACUCGCGGUAGCUUGGCCGGGGCUGGGUCCUGGAAUGAAAGACUCCAUUGUCCAGACGUCAAGACUGCUGCAAGAAGCCUACGGGUUCAAAUUAGGCGACAAAGUCACCAUUUCACGCUGGUCGCAUCCUCUCCAGAACUCCCUGUCGGUGACACUUCAGAAGGUGGGGGAUCCGCCAGAUCUCGACACUGACUUGAAGUCCUGGUCGAAACAGAUUGCCUCGGCCAUAUCACCUGCGGGAGAAUAUAUGGUUGUGUCGCAGAAGCUACACUAUCCGUUGAAGGCAGACGGGGCCGAAGCCGUCGAGUUUGUUGUGAAGGACGUGGGUGUGCCCGAUUCCCUGUUUGCACGCGUCACAAAAGACACAGCGUUUCGCAUUGUCACCUCGGAGACACUCGACCAACCUGUGGCCAUUGAUUUCCGACUGAAGCACCUCGGCGGGAUACAAGAGCAAAUUGCUGAUGUACAAGACAUCGUACGCGAUCUCUGCUUCCCCAUAGCCAAACAGCAUUUUCAAGCAUACGAACCGGUGCAAGGGCUUCUUCUGUAUGGCGCUAAAGGCACCGGCAAAUCUGCAUUCAUUGCUGCUUUGGCCGAGUGUGAGUGGCCAACGGUCCUAUAUUGGAAACCAGGGACGGAGAUCUACGCUUCGUCGGAGCCGUGUUUGGUUAUUGUGAGGCCAGAACAUCUCAUUAAAAGCCCCAAUAACUCUUCAACCUUGAUCAGCGAAUUGGACUCUUUGUUUCAGCGAAUUCGGGGCAGUCCAACCCUUGUAGUCGCCGAAGCAAGGCAUCCCAAUGAUAUUGAUGAAAGGCUACGGACAGAGGGCCGGUUCGCCGCCGAGAUCGAGUUGCCGAUUCCCUCGGCGCUUCAAAGGAAAGAGAUUCUGUUUGCUCUCAGAGGCAAGGACAGGGUCCCCACGGACGACCUUCUACAGGAAAUUUCUGAGAGGACUCAUGGAUAUGUGGGUGUCGACCUGAAAGCUCUUCUUCGGGUGACAAUUCGUCUGGCAUCUAAAAACUCGCCACCUUGCGGGGCCGAAGAUAAUGAAAAUCCUCAAUUGGUGGUACAAUCCGCAGACUUUGAGAGCGCCCUGCAACAGGUUCGACCGUCUGCCUUGCAGGAGAUCUUCCUCGAGACGCCAAAUGUCCGAUGGUCAGAUAUCGGAGGGCAGCACGAAGUCAAACGUCAACUCCACAACGCUGUGGAGCGGCCGCUGAAAUUUGCGGAUCGCAUGAAGAAGCUGCGCCUGCAGCCCAAGAAAGGAGUCCUCCUCUACGGUCCUCCGGGGUGCUCCAAAACACUGCUGGUCCGAGCUCUCGCCACGGAAGCUGGUCUCAAUUUUCUGGCGGUCAAAGGCGCCGAGCUGAUUUCCAUGUAUGUCGGCGAGAGCGAAAGAGCCACACGUGAGGUAUUCCGGAAAGCCCGGGCGGCCAGCCCGAGCAUCAUCUUCUUUGACGAAAUCGACGCCAUCGCGUCUCGCGGGAAGAGUGGCAGCGAUCUCAAUGUAUUGACCACGCUCCUCAACGAGAUGGACGGCUUUGAAGAGCUCCGGAACGUGUUCGUGGUGGCGGCGACCAACAAACCGCAAAAUAUCGAUCCCGCGCUGAUGCGUCCGGGCAGAUUCGACAACGUGGUGUACAUCGGCCCGCCGGAUGUCGAAGCAAGAAAGGAGAUUUUCCACAAGCGCCUCGACGGGGUGUAUGAGAGCCCACGCAGCCUCGACGACGACGUGCGAGAAUUUGCCAGUUUGACGGAAGGAUUUUCAGGGGCCGAAAUCGUCGCCAUUUGCCAGACUGCUGGGGAGAAUGCCUUUGACGCGGACCGCGAGGUCAUCGUGUCGGAUGACAUCAGGAGAGCGAUCGAGACCACGCCGAAGAGCAUCACGCGGGAGAUGUUGCUCGAAUUCGAGACGUGGAAUGCCGCGCGGAUGCGGUAG